AUGGAGGACGGCCAUUGCAAGACAGUGGACGAGGUUUUAAAUUACUUUAACGUUGAACCUGAGAAGGGAUUAGGACUUGAUCAAGUCAAGAGGAACCAGGAGAAGUAUGGUUUCAAUGAAUUGCCAGCCGAGGAGGGAAAGUCUAUAUGGCAACUCAUCCUGGAGCAAUUCGACGACCUCCUAGUUAAGAUUCUUCUAUUAGCCGCUAUUAUUUCUUUUGUAUUAGCUUUAUUUGAAGAGCACGAAGAUGCAUUCACGGCCUUCGUCGAGCCCUUCGUCAUUUUGCUCAUCCUCAUCGCCAACGCCGUAGUCGGUGUAUGGCAAGAACGUAAUGCCGAGUCCGCGAUCGAAGCGUUGAAGGAAUACGAGCCCGAGAUGGGCAAGGUCCUGCGAAUGGACAAGGCCGGUGUCCAGAGGAUUCGUGCCAAGGAGAUCGUGCCCGGGGACAUCGUCGAGGUGUCCGUCGGUGACAAGAUCCCGGCCGAUAUCCGUUUAACCAAGAUCUUCUCGACCACCCUCAGGAUUGAUCAGUCUAUCCUGACUGGUGAAUCAGUCUCGGUGAUCAAACACACGGAUCCCGUUCCUGACCCACGCGCUGUCAAUCAGGACAAGAAGAACAUCUUGUUCUCCGGUACUAAUGUAGCCGCUGGCAAGGCUCGCGGUGUGGUAAUUGGAACCGGACUGAACACCGCUAUUGGUAAGAUCCGUACGGAGAUGUCCGAGACUGAGGAGAUCAAAACGCCUCUGCAACAGAAAUUGGACGAGUUCGGCGAACAAUUAUCGAAAGUUAUCUCUGUGAUUUGCGUCGCUGUCUGGGCUAUCAAUAUUGGACACUUCAACGAUCCUGCUCACGGUGGAUCUUGGAUCAAGGGAGCCAUCUAUUACUUCAAGAUCGCCGUUGCUCUGGCUGUAGCCGCCAUUCCCGAAGGUUUGCCGGCUGUAAUUACCACUUGUUUGGCUUUGGGUACCCGUCGUAUGGCAAAAAAGAACGCUAUCGUGCGAUCCUUGCCAUCCGUCGAGACCCUUGGUUGUACCUCUGUUAUCUGCUCGGACAAGACCGGUACCUUGACCACCAACCAAAUGUCUGUUAGCCGAAUGUUCAUUUUCGACAAAAUCGAGGGCAACGAUAGUAGCUUCCACGAGUUUGAGAUCACUGGUUCGACUUACGAACCAGUGGGUGAAAUCUUCGUGAAGGGCAUGAGAAUCCGUGGUCAAGAUUAUGAAACUCUCCAUGAGAUUGGCACGAUUUGUAUCAUGUGCAACGACUCUGCUAUCGAUUUCAACGAAUUCAAACAAGCAUUCGAGAAGGUUGGUGAGGCAACGGAAACUGCUCUUAUCGUCCUUGCAGAGAAGAUCAACCCGUACGGUGUUUCCAAGAACGGACUGGACAGGCGUAACGCUGCUAUCGCUGUUAGACAAGACAUGGAGACAAAAUGGAAGAAGGAAUUCACUUUGGAAUUCUCUCGUGACCGUAAAUCUAUGUCCUCUUAUUGUACACCCUUGAAGCCGACUAAAUUGGGCACUGGACCGAAACUCUUCGUUAAGGGCGCUCCAGAAGGUGUCUUGGACAGGUGCACGCAUGCCCGUGUUGGCUCUAGUAAGGUUCCUCUUACCUCUACUUUGAAAAAUCGUAUCUUAGACUUGACUCGUCAAUACGGUACUGGUCGAGACACUCUGCGUUGUCUUGCCCUCGCCACUGCUGAUCACCCAAUGAAGCCUGACGAUAUGGAUCUUGGCGACUCCACAAAAUUCUAUACCUAUGAGAAGGAUCUCACCUUUAUCGGUGUCGUUGGUAUGCUUGAUCCACCUCGCAAAGAAGUGUUUGACUCUAUUGCGAGGUGUCGUGCUGCUGGUAUUCGUGUAAUUGUUAUUACUGGAGACAACAAAGCCACUGCUGAAGCCAUCUGCAGACGUAUCGGUGUCUUCGGUGAAGAUGAGGACACGACUGGAAAGUCGUACUCUGGACGUGAGUUCGACGAUCUUCCUGCAUCAGAACAGAAAGCUGCUUGCGCCAGAGCUCGUCUCUUCUCUCGUGUGGAACCCGCUCAUAAAUCUAAGAUUGUUGAGUUCCUACAAAGUAUGAACGAAAUCUCAGCUAUGACUGGUGAUGGUGUAAAUGAUGCUCCUGCCUUGAAAAAAGCUGAGAUUGGUAUCGCUAUGGGUUCUGGAACUGCUGUUGCGAAAUCAGCUUCUGAGAUGGUACUGGCUGACGACAACUUCUCUUCCAUUGUCGCGGCUGUUGAGGAAGGUCGUGCCAUCUAUAACAACAUGAAACAGUUCAUUCGUUAUCUGAUUUCUUCCAAUAUUGGCGAAGUCGUGAGUAUAUUCUUGACUGCCGCUCUUGGUCUUCCCGAAGCUCUGAUCCCUGUACAACUUUUGUGGGUCAACUUGGUCACUGACGGCCUUCCAGCUACUGCUCUUGGUUUUAAUCCACCAGACUUGGACAUCAUGAGCAAGCCUCCCCGUAAAGCUGACGAAUCUCUUAUUUCUGGCUGGUUGUUCUUCCGCUAUUUGGCUAUUGGCGGAUAUGUAGGUGCUGCAACUGUUGGAUCAGCUGCAUGGUGGUUCCUGUACAGCCCGAAUGGACCACAGAUGAACUAUUACCAAUUGACUCAUCACUUGGCGUGCCUUGGUGGUGGUGACGAAUUCAAGGGCGUUAACUGUAAGAUCUUCACGGAUCCUCAUCCUAUGACGAUGGCUCUGUCUGUACUUGUAACCAUUGAAAUGUUAAACGCUAUGAACAGUUUAUCUGAGAAUCAAUCUCUCAUCACUAUGCCGCCUUGGUCUAACAUGUGGCUCAUUGCCUCUAUGGCUCUUUCUUUCACACUCCACUUUGUCAUCCUUUACAUCGACGUCCUUUCGUCCGUAUUCCAAGUUACCCCUCUAACGGGCGAGGAGUGGAUUACCGUUAUGAAGUUCUCCAUUCCAGUGGUACUUCUCGACGAAACUCUGAAGUUCAUUGCCAGAAAGUUCACAGAUGUGGCACCGCCUGUGACGCCGCCGAAAUAAAGCUCGGGAACUAUAUAGGACGAAAAAUCGACACCAGUCCGGACACAGAGAAAAAUCGUCAGAAUGGCACUUAAACAACACCCACCCAAGCAACAACCCGCAAGCUGACCGAUGGGAUCGAGCCGGAACAGAGAUCUUAAUGAGACACUAUCGACACGUAUACACGGACACACGCGAUAUGUACACACAAUAUAUACACAAACACACAGCAGCAUAGAGUCGUAUAUAGAGAAAAUGAAACGGGACAAACGAAAAACAAUAAGAUGACAGGGGCGCGUUUCUUUUUUUUUUUUUUUUUUUUUUUUUUUUUUUUUUUUUUUUUUUUUUUUUUUUUUUUUCUCUCUCUUUCGUUAAAAGCCAUGUGUACUUUCUGGUAGAACGAGUAUGGCGAGAAUCUAGUGAAUUUUCUGAAAAUUUCCUAGACCGUGAACGAGAUCGCGCCGUGGGCCUGGGUGUUAAUUUCGUCGGCUGUUCUCUUGCUGCGUUCACGCGUUUAUCUUUGCUGAUUUGCCUUCGACAGUCACUCGGAUCCGCGUUCUUAUUCUUCUCUUGCCUCGAGGUAAAAAUAAAAAAAUAAAAAAAGACGUUAAUUAUAUAGGAAAAGACAAGAGGUGUAUCGCGAGCCGAACCGAUCGUGUCGAUACUCGAAGGGUGCAAACACCCUUGGCGAUGCGAAAUUUCGUGAAUCGUCGUAUAUUCGUGAAGUACAUUCGUCGAAACUCUCGAAUAUACCUCGCUAUACUCGUUCCAUCGAUUAUGCUCAAUAUAGUGACCGCGCCCUAGUAGAGGGAUGUUCGGAGAAAGAGUGAGAGGGAUUCACAUUCGUAGAGAACAAGGGGGGUACCAGUGAUCCACGGCGGUGCGGGCGUUCUGUUGAGUAGAAAGGGAAAAGGAAAAUCGAGAAAAGCCGCUUUGACGAAAAGAAAAUGAAGACGCAUACGAUCGAUCAUACGUUUGGGACACCAGGCUUGGAGAACCCGGAAGAGAAACGACAGGGAACGUCUGAUCGGAGCAGCUUGCCUCGAGAGAUCCAUGGAUCGCGAGGAGACGUUGAAAUUCGUCUGGGACGGUUUAGGAAAGGAUCGAACUAAUCGAUGUAUGCCUGUAUUAUGUUGCAGUAAGCGAAACGGUCGUCGACAAGUGGGCCUAGGCUUGUCUCGCCGUGUGCCGCCGGCAACCAAAUUUCUCUGCCAAGCAUAAGCCGAGCAAAGCGAAACACACGAAUAUUAACGAGUAUCUAUAUAACCCUAUCACGAAACUAGGAGGUAACGAGAGCACGGAAGGGGAGCGAGUACGGCCGAAAGCGGAAAGACGAGACAGAGGAACGGAAGCGGAAAGGUACCAGGCGGGUCUCGCGCGAAUCUCUCGAUGAUUUUUCAGCGAAAUUUCACGCUACGACGAUGACGGUUUAGGAGGAUCGAAUCGAUCGUGCAUCUUCGAUGAUGCAGGGAUGACAUAGGUCGCUCCCCGUCAUUCUCUGCAAACCCCCAUUUCCUUGCCUGGCUACCGCGUCAAGCACUGCCGCUGCUUUUCCGUUUCAUCGUUCUCGAUUCCGUGGGAAACUUCGUUCUCGUUGCUUCUUGCUCUUCGCGUAGAGAAUGUACAUAGUCAUAUCGCGUUGUAUCGUAUCGUCGGUAAAAGCGAGACAUCGUGGAGAGGAAGAGUUUGAAAAGCGACUCAAAAGUCUUGGUCCGGGAUUAAGAAUA